CCAGAGCGGGGGCAAGUUGCACGAGAGACAUCAGAGCCACUGUGCUGUGGCGAGGCGAGGGCGCACGCGGAGCGCCGCGGCACCAUGCCCGCGAUCAAGAAGGAGCGACUGGACAGGGAGGAGAUGGCCCUGGCUGCCUUUAACCAGCCCAUGGAGACCUUACCUGACUAUCUGGCCCCGUUAGCGGCCGCGGCCAUCCCGGUGGUGGCCCCCCACCCUCCGGCUUACGACCAGAUCUUUGCCCACCACCACCGCGCCUACCUGGGCUUCCCCGAGACCCACCACCCGCACCACCCCCCUCACCACCUCCCCGAGGACCUGAUGCUGGAGCGUUUCUCCUCCAUCCCGGAUUUCCAGCCCUUCUUUGACAACGGCGAGCCGUGCAUCGAGGUGGAGUGCGGCGAGAACAAGGCGCUGCUCUACAUCCAUAAGUUAUGCCAGGGCAGCAAGGGACCCUCCAUCCGGUACCGGGGAGAGUGGCUCACCCCCAACGAGUUCCAGUUUGUCAGCGGCAGGGAGACCGCCAAGGAUUGGAAGCGGAGCAUCCGGCACAAAGGGAAAAGUUUGAAGACUCUUAUGUCCAAAGGAAUCUUACAGGUACAUCCUCCAAUCUGUGAUUGCCCUGGGUGUCGAAUUUCGUCUCCAGUGAACCGGGGUCGCCUGGCCGAGAAGAGGACGAUCCCGCUGCCUCCCACCAGGCUUCCAAAGAAAGAGCUGACCUCCAUUUUCUCACAUAGUGACGACAGUGAGGAGAGUGACAAGGCCAAUGGUCAGCACCCCGAAGUGAAGCAGGAGGAGGAUCUGCAUAUCAGUAUCAUGAAAAGAAGGAUACACACCCACUGGGAUUUAAACAUCUCCUUCCGAGAGACCUCUUGCAGCCGUGAUAACGACCUCUCCACCAUCAUCUCCAACCUGCAUCAGAGCCGCCAACUCGUUAUGCCAGAGACCCAGAGUCGCUGUGAAUUCAAGAGGAACAGCAUCGACGUCGGCUUAGGAGCAGCAGAUGAAAUUUUAGGCAGGAGAAGAGUAUGCUCUCCCAACAGCAGCAGUGAGUGUCCUUUAGAAAGCAAGAAAACCCGAAGCGAGUCCCCAAAGGAAAAUUCCCACACGCCUGUGCUCGAGGACUCGGUGACUCAGAUGACACCGGAGGAACACUACAGACGGAUGAUGUCAGCUCUGAAUGAACACGGAACCUUUGAGGAGCAGCAGCAGCAGCGCCUCUACCAGCUGGCCAACAGCAUGGCAGUCCCCAGCCAUGGUGCUCCGGCGGCAGCUAUGAGAGGUUUUUUACCCCAACCUGCGCUUCCACCACAGGGUCUCAGCCCUGACUGGGAGGACUCCUUCCCCCCCGCAAAGGGUGAGAAAGAAGUUCAGUUAACAUGGUCAGCGGACGUGUAUUGGACACUUGUGUGGGUAACAAGAACAUGCCUGGUGCCAUGCAAUGUUCCAGCUAAUCUUUUCCAUCCCUGUGUGGAUUUUUUUUCCAUCCACGUGCAGAAUAAUGCUUUUUCUAUACGCACUGAGGUAUACACAAAUGUGCACCACCAGUGGAAACCAAAAUUUAGCUGUGGACGCUCUGCUCAUCAGUUGGGCAGUGUCUGGUGGGGAAAACUGAGUCACAACGGUUACGUGCUUGUCUAUAUCAUCAGUGGAACCAAAGCAAUGCUGCCCCAGAUAAUGACAAAAGGGAAUGGACGCCCUGGGACAGAAACUGAGAGGGAUUUUUUUGGGGGGAAGGACAAGACUUGGAGGGAUAUGUCCCACCCGCCGCCUCUGCUGUCACCCCAGAGCGCCCCCCACAUCACGCUAGGGCCUCACUUGAGACCUCCCUUCCUGGGGGUGCCUUCAGCUUUGUGCCAGACACCAGGUUACGGGUUUCUCCAGCCGGCACAAGCAGAGAUGUUUGCACGGCAGCAGGAGAUGCUGCGGAAACAGAACCUUGCCAGGCUUGAGAUGUCGGCCGAGAUCAUCCGCCAGAAGGAGCUGGAGAAUCUCCAUCGGCAGAGGCUACUGGCCGGCGACCCGCUGAGCCUGCACCCAGGGCUACCGCAGGACCACCCAGCCUUGCGGAACGUGCACGAGAUCCCCGAGGGGCACCCCCUGCGGGAGGAGCUCUCACGGAGGAACGCCAUGCUGGUGCUCCGGCACAACAACACGCCGCUGCUGUCGCUCAACCACGGCGUCCCCAGCGCCACCCCGCCCAAGGAGCAGAGCCGGAGAGGGAGCCGGAAAUCCGCGCACCACCGGGCGGAGGAGCCCGCGGAGCCCCGGGCCCGGGACGGCGCGCCCGACUGCAACGACGAGGAGAUGAAAGACUCGGAGAGCGAUGCCGAAGUGAGUGACGAAAAGCCGGAGAGCCUGAAAGCGGAGAGCAGCAGCUCAGCCAGUGAACUCAAAGAGUGCAAAGAGACAAGCAAGGUCUACGAGGGGGCCAAGGAGCUGAGCGAAGUGGCAUCUGGCCAGAACGCCCCCUGCAGCUCCUCCAGCACUGAGUCACCCAGCCACAUGCUCGGCCCAGGCAUCAACAAAAAUGAGGUGAAAUACCUCCCUCCGGCCUCCAUCCCACCACCUCAGCCGCUGCCCUUUGGAUUCCCGUAUACAAUGAGCCCCUAUUUCCACGCAGGCGCCAUGGGAGGUCUGUUCUUGGAUGGGGAGGAGAGCCCUGCGCUGGAAGACAUCAGCAAAUGGACAGUGGAGGACGUCUGUAGCUUUGUGGGCAGUUUGUCUGGCUGUGCCGAGUACACUCAGGUAUUCAGAGAACAGGCGAUCGAUGGCGAGACACUGCCGCUUCUGACCGAAGAGCACUUACUGAACAACAUGGGACUCAAAUUGGGACCGGCGCUGAAGAUCAGAUCACAGGUGGCCAAGCGCGUUGGCAGGGUUCUCUACAUGGCAAGCUUCCCCAUGGCAUUCCCCAUGCAGCCCCCCGGCUUGCGGCCUCCGGACCGAGACCUGGCGCCCGCAGAGCUCCGCCCCUCCUCCACCGGCAGCAUCUCCUCCCCCUACAGCAGGCGCCCGCCCCCCACC